CAGAGCAGUGCCAGCGCCGCCCACGAGCCCGAGCCGCACACUUCAGCAGAUCGUUUCAACCGGACCCCGCCACAGACCGUUCACAACCUAGCGACCCGGAAUGAACGGUAACCACUGGUCGUCUUACGGCGGAAAAUAAAUCAGCACAUAAGCCUACCCGGAUUAUUAUAACGCAAAAAAAAAAAAAAAAAAAAAAAAAAAAAAAUUCGCAUUCGUCACCCUAAGGGUGUGCUGAUUUGUCUUCUGGAGGGGCAGCACAAGGCUCCAUAAAAUGACCCAAUCUGUGCAUAUAACCUCCAAACUGCCAAAUCUGAGUGCCCCUUUUCAUGGCUCUACCGAGGAAGAAACAGAACAAGGUGGCUCCUAUUCAGUACAGACGCCCUACGGAUUCCAGCUGGACCUUGAUUUUCUCAAGUAUGUUGAGGAAAUAGAGAGUGGACACAACAUUCGUAGGGCUAAUGUGAACCCUCGGAGGGGAUCCCGUGGUGACCGUGGGUAUCAGAGGAAUUUAAGUGUUGGUGGUCGGGCCAGUGGCUGGACCUCCACUGAGUCCCUUUCCUCAACAACCAGUGAGAAUGGCCAAAGUAACCCACCUUUUCUCCAGAGCCCUAUCACACCACCUAGUAAAUCACAACCACUUUCCCCAUUACCAGUCAUCAAUCCCAGUCCACCUACUUGCUCCAAAGUGCCACCACCACCUCCACCACGUAACCCUAGGGUUGAGAGAACGCUCCUUGAAACUAGUCUUCGGCUCCAACAGGAGCAAAAUAAGUUUUCCAACGGAUUAGGCUCUAAUUUGUCAAACCUUUCAAAAGGGAGUUCCAAAGCUGUUGGAUCUAAUAGGGACUUCUCUCCAGCUUCUUCCCAGCUUGCUUCAGAUGGCCACUUGCUACAGAUAUCACCUGUUGUUCAGAACCCCCUUUCUGGGGUCUGGACCAAAGCAAGUCCUCAGACGUCUGGAAGGAGCACGCCAGCCUCCAACUCAGGAACACUGCCUCCUGUGCAGCUUCAUACAGUGCGAGAACAGAUGGCCACCGCCCUUAGGCAGCUAAGAGAGAUGGAGGAGAGAGUGAAAGGACUACCAGUUCUAGAAAGAGAAGUUGCCAUGCUCCGUGCCGAAAAAGAAAGGUUGGCUAAUGAACUUCAAAAGAAAACAGAGGAACUUGAUGCAACGCUCAAACUGCAGGUCUCCACUAAGGCAGCAGUAGGAGCCUCCCAACCAGGAUCCCUACCAUCGCUGUCACUUUGGAAUAAAAAGCCAGAUUGCAAAAGUGAUGAAAAAGACAAAAAGGAAAUAAAGAAACUAGCCAUUACUCCUGUAGAAAAAAGAUCCAUAGCAGUAGGCAGUGACAAUCCCAUUGAGACUGUGGUUGUCUACAAUCGCCAAGCGGUCAAGGAUGCUGCUGUUGAUGCUACUAUUGAUGUUUGUCACGCAGCUAUUGAGACUGAGACUAGUGUUAUGCAUGAUCAGGGAAUUCAGACUGGAGUGGCUACAGAAGAUGCGGCAGUCUGGGUAAUAGAAUCAUUUCUAGGGCUACAAAGUGAGACAGAACGAGAAAUUGACACCCUGCAGCACACUGUCAAAUUUCAACAGGAGUCAAUCAAGGUUCUCGAGACACGAUUAACUCAAGCCAACCAAGAUCUUGAAACUCUGAAGGCUCAAGAAAUUGAAAGGGCAUCCAAGAUUAUGCUGGACAAAGAGACAAUAGCAAAACCACAGACAGCAAAUGCCCAAAUGGAAACAUGUCCUGAAGUUUGUUCAGUUGGAGUGUUGUUUCCAGAUACGACUGACCUGGAGUACGUUUCAAAAUAUGACCAAAGCAUUCAAACAGAUCCUGUGGAAACUUCAAAGAAAAAAAUGGUGGAGCUAGUAAGCGUUGGUAUCCAGUGGGAAUGUCUUAGUGAUACACAAGACGCUGAAGAACAGACAAUGUCUGCAGAGGCUGCAGGCCCUCUGAAAUCUAUCAUGAAGAGGAAGGAUGGGAGUGGUGCUGGCGCAGCUUCCAGCGGUGGCAAAAAGAGCCUGAAGUUUGUUGGAAUUCUAAAUGGAGGUUAUGAGUCGACCUCUAGUGAAGAGGAUGAGGAAGAGGAUGAAGAGAGUUCCUCGGAUGGAAGUGAGGCUGGUGCGUGUUCAGACAGCAGUGUGGAAGAAGGGGCAGCUCUAGAGGAUACAUCUGAUGAAGAGAUGAAUAUAAAUGUGGAAGAAUCUGACAGUGAUGAAAACGUGCCAGCUGGGACCGAAGAUUCAAAGGACCAGGAAGAGGAAGUGAAGGAAAAGUUUGAACUAAGUGCCAAAAUGCGUGAGGCUUGUCUAAUUUUGAAGAACCACCUUAAUGACGGAGCGAAAUCAGUGAAGAGUAAAGAAGUGUUGUCCAGCACUCAUAGCGUUCAGCUGGAGUGGUUCAGAGUGUCCAGUGCAAAGAUGGCCCAGCCGUCACGUGUGUCAAAUUACCUGAUGGCUUUCUCAGAGGUCUCCCCCGUCCUGCUGGAGCACGUAGUCAACAUGACGGAUGGCAACGGCAACACUGCCUUACACUACAGCGUCUCCCAUUCCAACUUCACCGUGGUGGACCUACUGCUUGACACAGGCAUGUGCAACGUUGAUCAGCAGAAUAAAGCCGGAUAUACAGCCGUGAUGCUGGCAGCGCUUUCAGCAGUGAAGGAGGAGGACGACAUGGCAGUGGUCCAGAAACUCUUCCGUCUGGGCAACGCCAAUGCCAAGGCCAGCCAAGCGGGACAGACGGCUCUGAUGCUGGCCGUGAGUCACGGGCGUCAGGAGAUGGUGCGAGCGCUGCUGGACUGCGGUGCUGAUGUGAACAUCCAGGAUGAUGAAGGCUCCACUGCUCUGAUGUGUGCGAGUGAACACGGUCGGGCUGAGAUUGUGUCCUUACUGCUGGAGCAGCCGGCGUGUGACAUUUCAGUCGUGGACAAUGAUGGCAGUAAUGCUCUCUCCAUUGCUCUGGAGGCGUCUCACAAUGAUAUUGCUGUUCUGCUGUACGCUCACAUGAACUACUCGAAAACACAGGCAGACGUAUCUUCUAAAGCAAUCUCCCGAAGCCCGUCGUCUCCUAGAAAAACAUGGCCCUCAGAGUGACACAUGGACACAUUAAGAACAAAAUGAAAAUAAAAACAUGACUAACUAGCUUUACUGGAAGAUUAUAACAAUUUCUGUCUUAUAAGUUUAUAUAUAUAUAUAUAUAUAUUUAUACUGUAUUCAUUUUUAUGCACAUAUUUAAUGCACUAUAAUGCAACAUAAACACAUUAAUGUAGGCAAGACCAAUCAUUUUACUUAUUUUUAAUCUUCAACAGGUGUGUCUACUAUAGUAAGUUUCUUACUGCCAUGAUGUCUGUGUUUAAAAUAGGGAAAUAAGGUAUUUGGGAUAAUUGCAGCUUAGCUGUAAUGUUAUUGUGAUUACAUGGUUCACAACAUUUGUUUUGAUUAGCGGUCAGAAAAACUCAAUUUGCAAAUCAUACAUGAGCAUGAAAUAUUGCAGCAGAUAAGGGUGAAUCAUUCAUAUUCGCUUGAGAAACUCAAUAAUUAUUAAACACACAUCAUGGCUUCAUUACACAGGCAACCUGCGACUGCUAUAAUUAUGUGCUGUUUGGAGAAGUCCAGCAACAAACAUGAACUCCACCCUUGUUUUCUUCUACAGUGAAUUUUUAUACUCUGAUCUAAUUGGAUAAAACUCAGCCGUUAAAUAUACAGUCUAUAAUGUCUGGGGCUGAUGGUGACCCAUUUUUUUUUUUUUUUAUCUAGUUUUUGAACUGAAAGGACAUUGCCUAACUUUGGAAAAGAGAAACAUUUGAUCUUGACCGAUCACAGAAAGGUUUUAGAACUGAGCUUAAGAACUAUAACUGAAUGAAAUCAGGCAGAAAUGACCCCAAAACACAAAUCGAAAUCUGGACAAAUCAAAACAAAUGGCAUUUGCAAGAAAAAAUAGCACUUUUCAGUUGUUAAGCUUGAAAUCCUGACGCUUUGUGGCUGUGAAAUGUUAAAAUGUUCAUGUUUAGUUAAUGUGAUGAUCUACACCUGUUGGUACCCUUGGAAGGACACUUGCAUAAAAGCAGAUCUAUUUGAUUGAUUUCCCAUAAUUAUUUGCACUUUACACAAAUUAAGAAGCCAUGCGUUAAAUACCUGUAAAAGUCUUUAACUUAACUAGAAUAUUUACUGUAGAUUUCAAACACAAGACAAUCUUUAACUUUAUUCAAAGAUGCUGCAGUAGCUCUUCAAACAGGAGUAUUUCAGUUGUUCUUUAGUUGCUCUUUUAAACGUUUUGAUGCUUCAAUUGGAUUAUUUUUUACCAGGCCUCAAGUAUGGAUUUGUAUGUGUUGGUCUGUCAGUAUUUUGUUUAUUGUGUAUUUUACUUGGUUUCUAUGCUUUGUUUAAAUGAUUGUAUCAUGCUGUGCAGCUUAUGCUAUUUCAUUUAGCAUUUUUUUUUUUACAAUUAAAGGAAACUCAUUAAGAAAAUGCACCUACCCUACAAAAGUGAAUUUUGGUUAUGUAAAUACAUCAAUGUGACCAAUAUAUCAAUGGUCGGACCAAAUUAAAAUGUCUUACAAUGAUAUAUGGCUGAAAUAAAA